GGCAUCGACGCGUGUGAAUUCGUGUCGUUUGAUUGGUCAAAAAGCCACAAGAGUGUUGCCACACGAGCCAAGCGCAUGGGCGGCAAGGUCUUUGUACGGCCCGUGCCCGACGGCGUCGAGGACGACGAGCUGACAGCGAUCUUCGACGGCUUUGGACCGAUCGCGUCCAUGCACAUCCACACGCUCAAGGCCGACCUGGAGCCGCUCGUGCGCCACGCCUACAUCACCUAUGAGAACGACGACGACGCCGAGAGCGCCGCGAGGGCCAUGCACCAGCGCGAGAUUGAAGGCGAGCGCGUGAGCGUCCACGUGGUCGCGCCGCGCAAAACGCAGCGCACGGCCAACGUGAUCGAUGGCGGCGCCUACUACAUUUCGCUCAACAACUUGCCGCUUUCGGCGACCACGACCAAGAUCAAGCAGUUUCUGCACUCGGCGGGGAUCACGAGCAAGCUGGUCGUGCUGCAUCGCGCGGACCUCGCGUACGCAACGCUCGUGUCCAAGGCCGACGCCGAGACGGCCGUGCGGGCUCUCGACUGCGAGCGCAUCGACGGCCAGCGUAUCUACCUCGAAGAGGUCGCCUCGAUCCCCCGCCGACCUGCAAUGUCAUAA